CCUUAAGAACAAGUCACAUGACGAUAAGAUAGUCUCGACUCUCAACUCAACCCUGCCUGCAACCUCCAACACAUCCUCCACACGAUCAGAUCUAACCCCCCGAGAGACAGAAAGAAAGAAAGAAAGAAAGAAAGAAAGAAAAAAAUGAGCGUUCAAUCCGCCUACCGCGCCCUCCUCCGCGAACUCCCCCGCCGCAACCUCUCCAACCCAGCGCCCCUCCACGUCCACGUCCGCGACCUCUUCCGCGCACCACGCCCAGCCUCCGAAUCCGCGAGUGAAUUGUCCUAUUCGAUCGCCCGGGCGGAGCAGGUAGCUGCCUACGCGCGCGCGCAGCGCGAGUACGUGAAUCUUCUGGAUAGAUAUAAUCCUGGCAUUGAGAUGGGGCAGGAGGAGAGAGUCCGGUUGACUGCUCGGCGGGUGGGGUUGGAUCUACCGAAGCAGAGUGAUUGAUUUCCAGGUUGAAAAAAAGGUAUGUGUAGUGGACAUAUUACACUGGAUGAUGUUGUCUUUUAUCUUAGUGAUGGUACUGAUUAUGUAGUGUAUGAUAGGACUGUAUAAUAUGUCUUAGUUAGACUGAAUUGGUGUACAUUUGAUUUGUUUCUAGGUCUUUCUAUUGUUAAAUGCCAGGCAUUUCUUUGUGCCAUGUCUAUGUAUAUCCAGUGAUAGUCAUCGAAUGACCGAGUGAUACGUCAAUCUCGAUUGAAUGACCUCAUGUAUAAGUGGCUUAGGUAGCCAGUUAGCAUUAGUG